AUGAUUCUUCGAUUCCAGACAGUCACUUUCCUCCUCGCGGUCAUUUCGUCGGCGAACGGCCUUCAGGCUUCAGAUAUACAGUCCGACACGCCGGUUUCCUCGCUGCUUUCCUCGGCAAAGACCCAUCUCGCCAACGGCUCCCCUCAGGAUGCGCUCCUCUACUUUAAUGCCGCCAUUACCAAGGAUCCAUCCAACUACCUGACCAUCUUCCAGCGUGGAGCCACCUACCUCUCGCUCGGCAGGCUUUCCCGUGCGGCAGAAGACUUCGACCAGGUGCUUAAACUCAAGCCUGGCUUCGAAGGCGCACUCGCCCAGCGGGGCAAGAUACGGUUGAGAUCUGGUAACUGGACUGGAGCUAAGGAGGAUCUCGAGGCUACGGGUAAGCUGGGCGAAGCUGAAUUAGCCCAACUGCAGGAAGCCCAAGCCGCAGCUGGUGUUGCCCAGGAGGCGGAGAAGAAGGAAGACUGGGAAACAUGUGUCUCUCAAUCGAGCAUCGCCAUCAUGAAGGCCAUGGGCUCCCCCGAACUUCGACGACUGCGCGCAAAAUGCCACCUAGAGAGAGGGGACAUCGAAGAAGGGAUCAAUGAUCUCACCCGCCUGUCCCAGUUAUCUCCCAAUACCGUACAGCCUCAUCUUCAGAUCUCGGCAAUGCUCUUCUACUCGCUGGCAGAUAUGGAACGCGGAAUGAACCAGAUCCGAAAAUGUCUUCACUCCGAUCCUGACUCAAAGGUUUGCAGCGGCUUGUUCAGGGGAGAGAAGAGAAAUUUGAAGCAAAUUAAGAAUCUCAACAAGUAUUUGGAAUCCCGGAAGUUCCACAAGGCUGCGGAGCUGUUGGUGGGGACCAAAGGCGAAACUGGACUGCUAGAGGACAUCCAACAGGACGUCAAAUCAGCUCAGGAAGACGGAUACAUACACCCUAAAGCGCCUAACGCUCUUUAUGCGGACUUGGUUGAGAAAACGUGUGCGGCCUAUAGAGCUAUGAACUCGAAACGAAAAGCACGGCCAUACUGUACACAGUGUCUUGAAUUCAAUCCCUCUUCGCUGCAUGGUCUACUAUCCAAGGCCGAGGAUCAUAUCGAUGCCGAGCAAUACGAGGCCGCCCUUCAAACCCUUAACACGGCCAGUGAACACCAUCCUCAGUCGCAGGAGAUCCAUACCCUUCAGCAAAAGGCCCAGACACUUUUGAAACGGUCAAAACAAAAGGACUAUUACAAGGUUCUCGGCGUUGAUCGCGAAGCAGACGAGGCUACGAUCAAACGGGCUUAUCGCAAGCUUACAAAACAAUUCCACCCAGACAAGGCCCAUAGCCAAGGUAUCCCCAAGGAGGAGGCCGAGAAGAAGAUGGCGAGCAUCAAUGAAGCCUAUGAGGUCCUCUCCGACGCUGAGCUAAGAAACAGAUUUGACCAUGGCGAUGACCCUAAUGAUCCUCAGAGUGGCCAACAACCUUUCAACCCCUUCGGGCCUGGAGCUGGGGGAUCUCCCUUCUUCUACCAGCAGGGUGGUGGUGGAAACUCCCACUUCAAAUUCGCGCAAGGAGGCUUCGAUUUCCAGGGAGGCUUCCCGUUCUAA